AUGCCCUCGAGCGUCCAGGAGAAGCCCGCCCCGGCGCCCGCGGAUGACAAGAACGAGGACGAGGCCGAGCCUGACCUCAAGACCGAGCCUGACGCGCUCGCCGUCGACACGGUCGAGGCCGCGACCGAAUACUCGGACGCCUACUUUCGCAAGCUGCUGUGGAGGAUCGACCUCUGCCUGCUGCCCGUCAUGUGGAUCUGCUACGGCACACAGCAGGCCGACAAGACGUCGCUCAGCGUCCAGGCCGUCUUUGGCAUCCGCGAGGACACGGGCCUGGUGGGCGAGCAGUUCAACUGGCUCAGCACCGUCUUCUACCUCUCCUACCUCGUCUGCGAAGGACCUGCCAACUGGCUUAUGCAGCGGUACAACGUGGGCCGCUUCCUCGCCAUCGUCAUGUUCGCUUGGGGCAUCGUCGUCAUGUGCAUCGCCUUUGCCAAGAACUUUGCGCACCUGAUGAUCCUGCGUACGCUCCAGGGCGCGCUUGAGUGCACCAUCUCGCCCACCUUUAUGCUCAUCACCGGUGCGUGGUACACGUCGCGCGAGCACGCCUUCCGGGGCGUCAUCUGGGGCACCUCGAACGCCGGCAUGAACAUCAUCACCGGCCUCAUCAACUAUGGCAUCGGCCUCCACGCCCAGACCAACCCAGGCGGCCUCGCUCCCUGGAAGGGCAUCUCGUUCUUCCUCGGCGCGCUCACCAUGUUCGAUGCCGUGCUCGUCUGGUUCUUCCUCGGCACACCCCGUGAGGUCCGGUGGCUCACCGAGGAGCAGAAGCGUGCCGCCAUUGCCCGCGUUGUCGGCAACCAGACCGGUUCUGACCGCAACAAGCGCUCCGAGUUCAAGUGGGACCAGGUCUGGGACACGUUCCGUGAUCCCCAGACUUACUUCUUCUUCUUCGUCUCGAUCAUCAAUGCCCUGCCCAAUGGCGCCACCACCACUUUCAGCAAGCUCAUCUGGCAGUCUUUUGGCUUCACCUCGCUCGAAACCCUGACCAAGGGGUCAACGCCGUACUACUGUCUCUCCAUCAUCUGGUUCUUGGUUGGCGGUUACAUCACGCUCAAGAAACCAAACACCCGAUUCAUUGUCAUGAUGUCCUCCCUCAUCCCUGCAUUCACCGGAAUGUUUGCCCUGGCCUUCCUGCCGAGCACCGUCAAUAUCUGGGUCCGCUGGGCCAUGUACAUGAUCCAGGUUUUCGGCGUUCUUCCCAGCCUCUUGGUCUGGACUUUCCUGCCUUCCAACGUGGCUGGAAGAACCAAGAAGACCGUGACUUCGACUAUCCUCUUCAUCGCCUACUGCGUCGGCAACGCGAUCGGCGCGCAGAUGUUCGUCGCUUCAGACGCUCCCAAGUACAUCCGCGGCAUUACUGCCUGUGGUGUCUUGUACGUCGUCGAGUUCUGCUGUAUGGCCAGCUGGCGCUUUUAUUACAUUUGGGAGAACAGACGUCGCGCCAAGAUCAUUGCGGAGCGUGGUAUCUCGGCCGAGGAGGCUGAGAGGCUGGGCAAGCUCAAUGCCGAGGCCGACAUGACGGACCGUGAGAACAUUUUCUUCAAGUACCAGUACUAAGCUCGAAUCCUGCCUCUUGAUACACGAAAUGAAGCUCGGCCAUUUUCUCUUGUACUACAGCAUCCCCAUAUGCAAAGCAUCCUUUUUCGCCCUUUAUCUCCUCAACUUCUUCUUCUUGGGCUGCUCCUGCUCCGUAAACUCACUUUUGUAGAGCUUGAAGAAGUCCGUGGGCUGAGUUGGGUGUUCACCCGUGACAUCGUGGAAAGCCGUUGUAGCGAUGUAGUUUGUGCUGCCCUGGCGGACGAGGCUAUAAUAUUCGAGGAUGUACUGCUUCUCAGA